AUGGACAAGCUCAGUGGACUCGCUUCCAAGCUCGGCGGCAGCGGCAGCAGCAGCAACAACAACAACAACAACAACCAGCAGGAAGACUACGUCGAUAAGGGCGUCGACAACAUCGAGUCCAGAUUCGGUGCUGACCCCCAGAAACUCCGCUCCACCAACGAAAAGGCCACCGACUUUGCUCGCAACAAGUUCGAGAGCUCCACCGGCCGCGACGUUCCCGACAAGAUCUCCAACUAG